AUACAAGGGCGCUUAUCCGUUUGGUUAGCAAACCAUAAGCUGCCUCAUAGACCGUUAGGUUUUGAUUAUCAAGGUGUAGAAAUUUUACAAAUUAGAUCAGAAGAUUGGCUUUCUAUAGCGGUUGCUUUAUAUGUUUAUGGUUUUAAUUAUCUUCGUUCUCAAUGUGCAUAUGAUGUAGCACCUGGAGGACUUUUAGCUAGUGUAUAUCAUUUUACAAAAAUAGAAGAUAAUGUAGAUCAACCUGAAGAAAUAUGUAUAAAAAUUUUUGUAUCAAGACAAAAACCUAAAAUACCAUCUGUUUUUUGGAUUUGGAAAAGCGCUGAUUUUCAAGAACGGGAAUCUUAUGAUAUGUUAGGGAUUUCUUAUGAAAAUCAUCCACGUCUUAAACGUAUUUUAAUGCCUGAUACUUGGAUUGGUUGGCCUUUACGUAAAGACUAUAUUGUACCUGAUUUUUACGAGUUACAAGAUGCUUACUAA